AUGGUCGAUGCCGCAAUUGUCCACCCAUCGAACGAUCAAGGCUACUUCUUCUCCGGCCGACGCUACGCUCGGGUCAAAUGGACCUCGUACGGCAACUAUGAGGAGAUAGUCUUUGGGCCCAAACAGAUUAAAGACUACUGGCCCGCGACUACUAAGGCCGGAUUUGGCAGAGUCGAUGCCGCCGUUGCCGUUCAGGGGACCAAAGACGAAUUCUACUUCUUCUUCGGCGCCCGUGUUAUCCGCAUCAAGUUCAGCCCCGGAGCGGAGGACACCGUCCUUGAAGGACCCCUCAAGAUUACCGACAAGUGGAAGAGCCUUGCCGGGACUCCCUUCGAUACGAUUGAUGCCGCUAUCAAUCUUCCCGGAAACUCGACUGAGACGUAUCUCUUCUCUGGAACGCACUCGGCCCGGUUUGAUUUUAGCAAAGAUAAGAUCAUCUACGGCCCUUACACUCUGAUUGACCAGUGGCCAGGUCUCACGAGUGCUGGGUUUGAUGCGAUUGAUGCCGCUAUUCCAGUUCCCAACGCCAAGGUCGACGGUGAGCACUAUGUCUUCAAGGGAUCUCAAUAUGUGAGAAUCCAGGUAAUUCCUGGUGCCGCCGACAAGUUGACUUGGGGCCCGAAGCCCAUUGCCGAUUACUGGAAGAGCCUCGACUGGUCUUGA